AUGCAUGUUUAUGCUAAAUUCAUAAAAGAGCUCUUAUCAGGAAAGCGUAAGUUGGAAGAUGAUGAAAACAUCACUUUAGCGGAAGAGUGCAGUGUCAUCAUCGAAAGAAAGCUUUCACCCAAACUCACUGAUCCAAGUAGAUUCACCAUUCCUUUUUCUAUUGGUCCGUUGACUAUUAGAAAGGCUUUGUGUGAUUUAAGAGCUAGCAUCAAUCUAAUGAUGUUGUCCAUGAUGAGUAAGUUUAAAUGUGGGGAGCCAAAACUGACUCAUAUGACGCUAACAUUAGCGGAUAAAUCGAUCAUAUACCCUUAUGGGAUUCUUGAAUAUGUUCUAGUGAGAGUCGAUGACUUAGGGUUCCCUGCAAAUUUUGUGAUUCUAGACAUGCCUGAGGAUUCUGAGACACCAUUACUUCUCGGAAGGUCGUUCUUGGAAACAUGUAAAGCUCUCAUUUAUGUAGUAAUGGGGGAGUUAAUAUUGAGGUUUAACAAUGAAAAAGUUGUUUUCAACGUGUUUGAAGCACUAAAUCACCAUAAAUAA